AUGGUUAGACCAUUCCAAUUUAAAAUUUCACAAUUCACUUCGAAUUAGUUAUCAAUCUAGAAAUAGUAACAAUUUUUAUUAUUGAUAAGCAAAACAAUAGAGGUAUCAUGAAGAGUAUAUAAUUGAAAGAGAGAAAACUCAUUUUAUUUUUCAAUAUAUAAUCCAAUCAUCUAAGAGAAGUUUUUGAUAAAUCCAAAAUGAACUCCUAAUUGACAUGCUUAUACUGCUUUAUUUUUUUCAAUAAAAUUACAUUUUUUAUGUAGGAUAGAAUAAUCCAGCAUGCUUUUUUAAAAGAAGUCACACCUAUCAAAAUCUGCCCAAAAACAUAUUUAAAUAAUAGAAAAUGA